AUGGAUUUACGUUUCGUAUUCAUCGUUUUCCUGCUGAAGUGGACGUAUGCACAAGGUUCACAUCCGCCGCGAAUUGUGGAACAUCCCAUAGAUACGACGGUGCCACGACACGAGCCAGCGACGCUUAAUUGCAAGGCAGAGGGCUCUCCCACGCCCACAAUUCAAUGGUAUAAGGAUGGUGUACCACUGAAGAUACUGCCGGGCUCCCAUCGCAUUACGCUGCCAGCGGGUGGAUUGUUUUUCCUUAAGGUUGUCAAUUCGCGUCGUGAAACAGAUGCCGGCAUUUACUGGUGCGAGGCUAAAAACGAACUGGGCGUGGCACGGAGUCGCAAUGCCACGCUGCAAGUGGCGGUGCUACGCGAUGAGUUUCGCCUGGAGCCGCAGAACACACGCAUCGCACAGGGGGAAACGGCGCUUUUGGAGUGUGCCCCACCGCGUGGCAUACCGGAACCGACGGUCACAUGGAAGAAGGGCGGCCAGAAAUUGGAUUUGGAGGGCUCGAAGCGUGUACGCAUCGUUGAUGGUGGCAAUUUGGCCAUACAGGAUGCACGUCAGAGUGAUGAGGGUCAAUACCAAUGCACUGCCAAGAAUCCAGUUGGUGUGCGUGAAUCCUCCCUUGCCACCCUGAAAGUACACGUUAAACCCUACAUUAUACGUGGCCCACAUGAUCAAACGGUGCUCGAAGGCGCCUCCGUAACAUUUCCCUGCCGUGUCGGCGGUGAUCCCAUGCCAGAUGUCCUCUGGCUGCGCACCGCCUCAGGUGGUAAUAUGCCAUUGGAUCGCGUGAGCGUUUUGGAGGAUCGCAGUCUGCGCCUGGAGCGUGUCACGAUUGCCGAUGAGGGGGAGUACAGCUGUGAGGCGGAUAAUGUGGUGGGUGCCAUCACGGCCAUGGGCACGCUGACAGUUUUCGCGCCCCCGAAAUUUAUACAACGUCCUGCGAGUAAAUCCGUUGAGCUGGGAGCAGACACAUCCUUCGAGUGUCGUGCCUCGGGGAAUCCCAAGCCGACAAUCUUCUGGACAAUUAAGAACAAUAGCACACUGAUCUUUCCUGGCGCACCGCCAUUGGAUCGAUUUCACAGUCUCAACACGGAGGAGGGACACUCGAUACUGACGUUGACGAGGUUUCAACGCACCGACAAGGAUCUCGUGAUUGUGUGCAAUGCCAUGAAUGAGGUGGCCAGCAUAACGUCGAGGGUGCAGAUCACCCUGGACUCUCAGGAGGAUCGACCACCGCCCAUAAUAAUUGCAGGGCCAGUGAAUCAAACGUUGCCCAUCAAAUCUCUGGCCACACUGCAGUGCAAGGCAAUUGGUUUGCCCAAUCCAACAAUUUCCUGGUAUCGCGAUGGCAUUCCCGUGCAUCCGAGUGCCAAGUUGAAUAUAACCGCAGCUGGGGAUUUAAUUAUUUCCGAUUUGGAUCGACAACAGGAUCAGGGACUGUACACCUGUGUGGCCAGUUCACGUGCCGGCAAGUCCACGUGGAGCGGCUUCCUUCGCAUUGAGUUGCCCACAAACCCAAACAUCAAAUUCUACCGAGCCCCCGAGCAAAGCAAAUGUCCCUCCGCCCCCGGGCAGCCGACAGUGCUGAAUGCGACGGCGUCGGCAAUGACCAUUGUGUGGCCCACGAGUGAUAAGCUGGGCACCUCACCCUUCCUCGGCUACAGUGUGGAAAUGUAUUGCACGAACAAGAGCAAGACGUGGAUUCCCAUUGCCAGCAGGCUGAGUGAACCGAUUGUCAGCGUGGAUAGCCUGGAGACUGGCGCCGCUUACAUGUUCAUUGUGCGGGCCGAGAAUGCCUUGGGCUUCUCGCCACCUUCUCCCAUCUCGGAGCCAAUUACGGCGGGCAAGCUGAUCGGGGUGCGGGAUGGUAGCGACGCCUCCGCGGGUUCGGCCAGUUCGCAACUCCUGCUUAGCGAUGUGGAGACUCUGCUGCAAUCGAAUGACAAUGUCGAGCUGCUGGAGGCGAAUGCAAGUGACUCCACCACAAUCCGACUCGCCUGGGACAUCGACAGUGGGCAGUACAUCGAGGGCUUCUAUUUGUAUGCUCGUGAGCUGCGUUCCGCGGAGUACAAGAUGCUUACACUGCUCAACAAGGGACAGGGAUUGAGUUCCUGUACCGUGCCCGGUUUGGCAAAGGCUUCUACGUAUGAGUUUUUUCUUGUGCCAUUUUACAAGAGCAUCGUAGGCAAGCCAUCGAAUUCUCGACAUGCUCGCACCCUGGAAGAUGUUCCUGAAUCAGCGCCGUAUGGCAUGGAAGCCAUUCAAUUCAAUCGCACCUCCGUCUUCUUGAAAUGGCUUCCCCCGACACCGAAUCGUACUCGCAAUGGCAUCCUCACGAGCUACAAUGUGCUCGUCAAGGGUCUGGAUGUGCACAAUACGACGCGUAUAUUCAAAAAUAUGACCAUUGAUGCGGCGACACCGACUCUGCUGCUAGCAAACCUCACAACGGGCGUCACUUACUACAUUGCCGUGGCGGCUGCCACACGGGUGGGCGUUGGUCCCUUCAGUAAACCGGCUGUGCUACGCAUCGAUGCACGCACCCAAUCACUGGACACCGGCUACACGCGCUAUCCCAUCAGUCGUGAUAUUGCCGAUGACUUUUUAACGCAGACCUGGUUUAUCGUCCUGCUGGGCUCCAUCAUUGCCAUAAUUGUGUUUCUAUUGGGCGCAUUGGUUCUAUUCAAGCGCUAUCAAUUUAUUAAGCAGACCUCGCUGGGCAGUCUACAUGGCAAUCACGCAAUCGGCACCGUGCGAAAGUUUCCUACAUUGCCAAUGAAUGGUGGGGGUGGUGGUGGUGGUGCUGGUGGUGGCAGUGGUGGCAACUCCUGCUCGUUAAACGGUGGCAACUCUGGCGUUGGCUCCAAUGGACUGUGGAUCGAUCCAAGUGGCGGUGUUUGGCGACAGGCGACGACAAAGGAGCAACUUCCGGGUUACGCACAGGCCACAGCACAACAACGCACCACACAACAACAACAACAGAAACAGAAACAAAAGCAACAACAACAACAGGGACAAUCAAACACAAUACAACAACCGUUGCCUGAUUAUGAGAGACUCUCGCCAAUGAAUAUGCCGGACUAUGCGGAAGUUGCAUGCUCAACAUUCAAAAGCCCCCACAAUAGCGCUGGCCAAACUUCCGGACAGGGAGCGGCAUCAUCAUCAUCAUUAUCAUUAUAUGAUAGCUGCGGUGCCUAUGCCACAACAAAUGUGGUGGCCAAUGUGAAGCUCUAUCAAAAUCAGACUCAGACUCAGCAUCAGCAUCAGAAUCGUUAUGGGACAAAGCCAACGUUGGCCAACAAUAAUAAUGGCUCGCUGAUAACCAGCAAUAAUGAUUACCAAUCGACGGGCAUGUAUUCGGCGCCAGCAAGUGCACAUUAUGGCUGCCUGGAGCCAAAUCCGAUGACCACAUCGACAGCCUCGACGGCAAUUUUAAGCGGUUCGCCAGCCAAGUUGAAAAAGAUCAAUAUAACCGAGAAUAAACUGGAUCAUCAUAUCACUUUGAAAACGGAAAGAACAAAUCCCUUCAAUCAACAGCAGCAACUUCUAUUGGCCAGCAAUGCAUUGAAGCAGGGAUUGGGCGCCUAUGCCAACACCACACUGGCGGCACAAAUGGCAAGUGGCGGUGGUGCAGGCACCUUGCGACGCCAGCGACAGCCCAAAACAUUGUUCAAGAGCGAGACAAACAUUCUGGGCAAAUCUCUGAGCUCACGUCAACAACAACAACAGCAGCAGCAGCAGCAGAAUAAUGCAUCGGCCAAUGGCAAUUUGGAUUUUCUAACCGGAGGACCGCCAGCUGGAGAUAAUGCCAUUGAUGCAGACUUCUCGGCACUGUGCAAUUCCACGAAUCAAUUGUUAAAUGAUUGGGCUUCCACUGCCUCGAUUGCAGCCGGCGAUUAUCAUUUUGGCAACAAGCAGCCGAGCAAACAGCACUUGUAUGUUAAGGCCAAGGAUGGCACCUGGUCGGCAGUCAGCUCGGAUGCCUAUCAGACAUUCAAGCAGCAGCAGCAGCAGCAACAACAGCAAUUCCUUGCUGGAUCAGGUGACAACAAGACCCUAAAUGGUAGCAUUGUUAAUUCAGCCCAUAGUUCAAGUAGCCUGGCUGCUGAUAGCAAAUUCCUGAGUAGUUUCGGCAACAGCGCCAAUGUGUAGAGGGACAAAGAAUUAAGGGUCUAGCCCCAAAACAACCCUCAAGUUGUGUUUGCUCACUAGGCUAAGUGCAAGGCGAAAAUUAAAGGGGAUGCAGUCAAUCUACGCUAUGAUAAACUCUAAGGAAAUUGUCUGACUGUUAGUUAUGUGAAAGUUUAGUUAUGGCAUGUGACAAUGUAUUUACCUUUAAAGGGUUAGUGACAGAGAAAGAGAGAAAUGGUAGCUCAGAAACUAAAAGUAGAGACUGGUUAACAGAGAUCUCAAAGCAACUCAUUUGCAUUUCUUAAAACAAGUUAACCAAGCUCAGUAUAUUAAUAAAUUCAUUCAAUUUAACAUGUGAUGUUAAUGCAAUGUUAGCAUGGUGACGCUAAGAAAACAGCAAAUUACUUACAUUAACAUUUCACUUACUUGAGUUUGGGUUGAAAUUUCUGUAAAACUCUAAGCAGCUGGUAGACAAAGUUGAAUAGUUGUCCUCACUUGCCUAGUUCUACGAGUAGACCCCCUUAGUAGAUAAUACACUUGUAAUGCCCGCUCAAUAACUAGACUAGACUUUCACCUGUGCCCAAGAAAAACAAUAUCCCCUUAAAAACCCAACAACAACGAAAGGUGUGUGUAAAAACUCUAAAAAAGUAAUAUUUAAAAAAAACACAUAUUGGCUUGUAAAUAGAUUUAAAACCUUAUAAUGCAUAUGGAAUAUUGCAAUUGUCCCAAAAAGCUAAGCAAAUGAAAUCCCUAUAGAAACCAUGUAGCACCGAAAUAGUUAAGAUUAAUGUAAUUUUAAGUAAUAAAUCUAAAAGAGUUUGAGCCAAAAACAAAGA